AUGUCUUCAGGCUCGAGAUAAGACCCUUCUAAAAUAAUUGUUUUAUUUGAAAAAAUUGACAAAUCUAACAACCUUGAAAUCGAGGAGAGGUCAUUGAAAAAUCUUGCCUAAAAGAUUUAAAAUAAAUUGUUAGAUGUCUCAUAUAUCUGUGAAAACCAUGCUAAUCUCAUUCAAAACUUGCUUAGAUGGAUUUAGAGUAGGUUUCAACAAACUAAUCAGCAAAGUCUUAUAUGCUUCUCUUAAAUCAUAAUCGGUAUUGCUCAAAGAACUGAGGGAAAGAAUUUACUUUUGAACUUAGGAGCAGUAGAAAUAUUAGAUUAAAUAUAAAGAAAUCUAUCUGAGAACCCCAACAUUUAAACCCAAUACUAAGAAGCAAUUAAAAUACUAAUUUAAGACUCCUUUGCUUUGGGUACUACAGCUGAUAACCAAACUAAAACAUUUAACUACGGAAAUAGUGGCAAGAAUGUAUUCCAAAAUGAGACUUUAAUGAAAUCAAACUCUUUUGUCUUAUCUCAAAGUCUUUCACAAAAUCAAUAAUUCUCCCAGCAAAACAUUCUAAACUAAAUCCCAGAAAGAGAAGAGGAUCCAUCUUUUUAUGAAAAUGAUAAAUAGUCAUAGUUCCAAACAUCUCAAAUGUCAUCUUAUUCCUAGCAGAAUAAUCAAAAUGUCUUCAGCAAGACAGAGUUUAAAACUUAAAUAUUCAAAGCCCCAGAGGCAUCAAUAGCUAUCAAGCACGAUUAGAUGUAAAUGGAAGUGAAGGUUAAAUAAUAAAUUUUAAGAGAAACUUGUGAACUGCCCUUUGUCUAUCUAAAUGAUGAAGAUGAAAAGUUUUUAUUUGACCUCGGAGUAUAGCUGAAGUUUGGAGAUUUCAAAAACAUUUUAAGUGCAACUUAAAGAGCACAAAAUCAAGCAUUCUUCGAUUUCCCCAUUGAAGUAUUCUUACAAAGAACUGAUGUAAUAAGAGCACUUAUAGACCUUCUUGAAGGUGCUUAAGGCUAGGUAUUUACUAAUCUUGCUUUGCCAGCCUUAAUUAUUUUCGUCUAAAGAUUAAGAACUUUAUAUUAAUACCUGUGUGAUUAAACAAACAAAGUAUCUCAUAUGCCUUAAAAUGAAAGAGAUCUAGCUAUACCAUUGGAAGCUUACUUAGAACAAACCUAUCCAUGCAAUCACAAUGGCAGAUGGUCACUGAUAGAUUAGGUUUAAGACAUUAAUAAGUAUGGCACAGCUAAUUCAGUUCAUCAAGUUAAAUAGCAAAAUCUUGCUGCUGUUGCUAUCCAAAGUUCACUCAGCUGUAAAGCUGUUCUUGGGUUGAUAAUGACUAAAACUAUAAAUUUAAUGAAAGAUCAAGAGAAAAUAGGACUUUAUAUAUAACUGCUUAAUGAAUGCAUUGAAACUGUUGAGACAAUUUAUAGAGUCAGAGACAAUGAAGAAUUCUCAUCGUUUUUGCAUCUCUGCAUGUUCGCUUUUGAUAGCGUUUGCGAUUACUAUAAGGAGUAAAUUUUUGAGAAUAUCUUAUUGAGACCUAUUUUAGACUUCGCUAUUAGAUUUAUUGAAAUUUUAAACACGAUUCCAAAAUCUGAAACUAAAAUGAAUGAUCCAUUUUCUGAAUGUCUAUUCUUAAAUACUACUAAUCUACAAUAGGUUAUGAGAAGGUCAAUAUUCAGAUAUCAUUUCGAUUUAGAAGAUGAAUGCUAAAAGGCAAAAUAAACUAUUAUGGUGAAAUUCUUUGCUAGACUUGAGGAAGAAUUGAAAAACAUUAAUAUUCUAUAGCAAGGAGUUGUAUAAAAUUUUGAGAAGGCAUAAAAUGUCUAUUCAGUAUUCCUAAACAUUCAAGCAUUUAAAUUCAAUAUAAAAGGCUUGUUGACUGAGCAGGACAGUGGUAUAGUAUUUAUUGAGACGUUCAAUUAAUACUAUUAAACUGUUUAAAUAUUAGAAGAAUUACUCUAAUGCAUUGAGUUGAGAUUAGAUUUCCCAUUUGAGCAUUUGCUUGUUGAUUGCAUUAUGUACGGAAUGCUAGCAGAAGAGACUUCAAUGGACCCAAAACUUGAUUAACUUGAAAAAACAUUUAAGAAUUACCUACUGAUACCAUUGCCUGAAAUCAGAGAGAGAAUCAUGAGAAAAAUCUUUUAAAAGAUCAGACUUUAAUAAUCUAUCUAGAUAAACAAGAGAAAUUUUAAUAAUAUUACACUCUUAGCAAAGUUUUUGUUCAGAAAACAAGUCCUAAAUCAACUAAUUAAUGGAUGUUUGAUUAAUCAGGUAAUUGCUUCUGAGGAAUCAAAAUUAUAAAUGACCUUAGGCCAUCUAGUAAUAAAGACCUUAAUUUAUGCAUUUAAUGAUACUGAUCACAUUACAGCUAAAUAGAAUCUAAAUUAGCAUUUCUUAACCUUUCACUCAUUGAUGGGAUAAUAUCCUGAACUCGUAGGCUUAAUUGACCUUAUUGAGGAGAACAGUUAGCAGAAGCAAAUCAGACUAAAUAGAAUUAUGAGAGAUUUAUUUAAUUAAGAUCCUUAAAAGCGCUAAUUUGCUACAUCAGUCCUAAAGAGCAACAUGUCAAAGGAUAUUUAAGAAAACUUCAUAUAAGACAUUUUAAAAGAAAGUUUUGACUCUAAAAAUCCACAAUCAGAUUUACAACUGGAACUUGAAUAGAUCAACAAUUAAUAUGAUUAUUCUAGUUUCGACUUCAUAAACAUCACUCAAUUACUAAUGAGCAGUACAUAAGAUUAUGUAAUAAAGAAGUAAUGUCUUGAUUAACUGACUCUUAUUCUUUUUGAUGUGACAUCAAAAAAAGGGAAAAUCUUCUUUAAGACUGAAAUCUCUAUUAAAGAUGUUUUUUCCUUCAUAAUUGGUGAGGUAGUUUCUAGUUUUAAUACUUGCUAUGGAUAUCUUAGAUAGUAAGUGUCUCUCUUAGAUAUGAACUAAAUUAAUUACGUGAACGGCUGUCUCAAAUUUCUGGUUCUAAUAUAUUGCAUAUACUUUGAUGAGGCUGAGCUAAAAUAAUUCUUUGAUAAAUUUAAAACUCUCACAUAGCUUAAAGAGAGACAAGAGGAUCUUAAAAUAUAAGAAAAUUUCCAAAGUGCAGUAUUAUUCUUCAUUGGCUCUAAUAUUCUUAGGAAAAAUGCUGUUCGUCUGCUUUAAAUAAUCCUUUUCCACCAAGUGUAUCUCAUGCAAAAAUUAUAGAGACAACAAUAACCAAAUGGAAUAGUUAAAAAGAAUUUAGUGAUUUAUGCUCCUGAUUUUAUAGUGAAUGCCUUUAUAAUGACUUUGCCUCAUUACUCAUAAAUUGUAAAAUAACCAAUGAGGGACGAUUUAGUACUCACUGAGGAAUAAAAGAUGUAUGUUCAAAGCAGACUCGUAAAAAGAGAUAUUGAACAUCAAGACAAACAAAUCUUAUAGAAAAUAUCAGCUGAAUUCUGCUAGAAAGUAGCUGAUAAAAAUGAAAAUUACAAUUAAGUUAUGAGAACUUUUGAGACUUUGCAGAAUUAUGUCUUGAGUGGCCAAUAACUAAAGGAUGAGUUGGUAAAUGAAAAAGUUCUCACUAGUUUUGUAGAAAUGAUUAAGAUCUUACCAACCAGAGAUUUCGAGUUUUCAUUCCUCGCUGAUUAUUUGAUGCUUUCAAAUUAGAUUCUUCAUUCAUUCAAGAAAUUCGAUCAGAAUAUUAGCAAUCUAGACUAAUUUGUGAAUAAAUUCAGUGAAGGAUUGAAGUUCCACCUGAUUCCAUUUAUGAUUGAAACUGUUAAUACUUACUUCUCAGAGAUUGAAAACGCUAACUAAAAUCAUGUAUACUCUCACAAACUCCAUUUCAUUUAGAGAUUCCUUGAAUCAGUUAAUAAUUUGAUCUAAGUAGACAGCUAUUUGAAAUAAAAGUUCAGAAUAAAGUCAAGUGUCUAGGAUAAGAUUUUAUCAAACAACUUUAUUAACUACUUAUUUGAUCUCUAUGUUACUUUGAAAAAUCAUACCGAAAGCAAAAGGAAAAUCCUUAUGAUAUUUUACAUGAUUAUAUCACAAUAUGAAACAAGAAAUAUAGACUUAGAGAGAUUGCCUGAAAUGCUUAUUAACUAAGUAGCCACAAUGAAACUAACAAUGUCCCUCUAGUAAAACUCACUAAUAUUCCUCUGUAUAAGAACUUUAAUAUAUAUCCACGAUAAGAGAAUAUUGAUGAUUAAGAAAUAGAACUAAAUUUAAGAUAUUGCAUUAUCUGUUAGUCUCAGCUAGACCUCAAUGAAAUAUUUGCAAAAGUACUAAUCUUUCGGUUGGUUGGUGAGAUUUAUUGAGUCCAGAGAUGCCAGACUCAGAUGCCUUUCUUGGGAUCUAUUAAAUGAACUCUUCGAUUAUGAAUUCCUGAAAGGCCACCCCAGUAUAAUUUAGUAAGCUCUCAACUAAUUUUUGAAGCAUCAAGAACUGUAUUCAGUGAAAAUUGCUAUACUAAAAUUCUUAAAUAAUGCUACAGAUUUACUUAUAACUAACUGUGAUAUAUCAAGAGAUGAAUUUCAAGGAUAAAAUUAUGACAAUUUUAUUGGCAGCACACAAGAAUAGGUUACUGUUCAAUCAUUACUUAGAUCAGUAAGCAAGCAAGGCCUUAUUACUUAGAUUCAUAAUAUGCUAUCUCUUAAGGACUGUCCACUUCUAUUUUUAACGUUGACCAUGAAAUUUUUGAAUAAGCUAGUGUAGAUGGACUACAAAAAGGCACUUCCAGUCUUGACAUAAUUAGAUUAUUGGACUUUCUUAGUAGAAUACCUUGAUUUCAGGAUUUUAAAAGAUCUGGAAUUAAAUGAAAAUAGAUUAAUCCUCAAACAUCAGAAAUCUAAAUUGUUAUAGUUUUCUGAUCCAACUGCUUAGUAUGACCAAAUUUUCUUGUGUAUUACUUCAAUUAUGGAAUUUAUUUUUGAAUCUUUUAAGAGAGAUCAACAAUUAGCUAAUCUACUUGUUAAAACAACCAAACUAUUGGGAAAUGUGUUUGACCUUACUCAAAAGACUAUUGAUGGUUAUAAUUCAUAGACUUUGUAAUUCUAGAAUCAUUCUAUUAUGGCUCUUUUCAUUGAGAAAACAACUAAAUUACUUCACAUUGCCCUACUUCAUCCAAGAGAAUAUACAGUUGAAUAAAUAUCUAAAUUUCUCUUUGUGAAGCAAAAUGAUAAACCCAGAAAUUGGAUUUACCUCACUGAGUUCUUUGAACUAAUAAACAAGAUUUCUCAAACAAGCGGAUUUUAUGGUGGUAACGAGAUUAAGCUUUCAAUUUGUAGAUUUAUUGCAGAAUAUCUGCUUAGAUUACCCACUAGACAAUAGAAUUAUCUUGAUGAGAUGAUUGAGCAAUAUGAAAGCUAAAAUUACUUUAAGGUUAAUGAAAGAGAUGAUUUGCAGGCUUUUGGAUCAAGAUUACUUAUGGAAAUGGGAUUAGUGUUUAAGCAAGUUUAUCUCGAUAAUGAUAGUCAUAGUGAUUAUUAAAAAGAUUAAGAUGAAUAAGAAAACUAAAAGAUUGAUAUCACUAUGUGCAUUUGCAUCUUAUUAUCUAAAUGCCAAUCUGCAAAAACUGCUGCUGUUGAACAAAACAUGAUGAAAAAAGUUAUUGAAAUAUGCUAGGAGAAUUUAAAUGCUAUUGUUUUAUAAGAAAUUCAAAAAGUAACAAAAAAGAAACAGACUGUUACAAAUAAGUCAAUGAUUACUAAAUCUAUGAAUAAUUCCUAGAUGCUAUCGUCUGCUUUUGAGAGUUAGAUGAAAAGAUAAUUCAAAUAUGUUAAUCCGAAUGAUAUUGCUCAAUGUGAAAGAGAAGUCUUAAGAAUGCUUUAAAUUUUGAGACAUUUGUUCUAUUAAUCCAGCCAAAUUCUAAUACCCUUGCUUUUCCCAAAAUCAUCAGGCUAAUCCAUAAUGUCAACCAGGACAGUUCAAGCAAAGCAAUUAUCUAGCAAGGAGACUUAAAUUGGAGAUAAAUUUGUUUAACUUAUCUAAAACUUAGUAGAAGACUUAGAUUAAGGAAGUGAGGUGAUUGUUUAAGAAACUUAUAUGACUGCUUUGACAUUCGCUUCUCAAAAUGUCAGGUUCAAAAAUGCUUUUAUCAAUGUAUCAUCUGCAUAACAACAAAAGAAAUAGUCUCUGAUAAAAGUACUAUCUGAGCAUUUAUUAAACAUGUCUGCUGAAAUAGCCAAAGAAAUUAUGAAAAUCAGAAUGAUAGAAGAGAUUCUUGAGAUGAUUUAGCCUCAGUGCAAGAAUGAGAAAGAAAUUAAACUUAUGAAAAAUUACUUAGCCUAAUUUUCUGGAUUUUUAGCUGCUUAUGCCUCAACCGACGAAGGAUAGAAAAUAUUACUGAAAUUGAAGAACUUAUUUGAACACGUAAUUUUCAUCCUUGAUACUGUCAACGUUUAAAACUAAAACAAUGAGAAUACAGUCCUUGUUGACUUAGUUAAGCACAAUCUUCUAUUCCUAAGAAAUACCUCCUUUAAUAGAACUAACAAGCUUUACUUCAUUUAGAAUGAGAACUUUUUGCCAUGUUUGCUUUCAUUUUUGAGUAAUUAAAACCUUAUCCCAAAAAUCAAAGCUUAUUCCUCUGCUUGUCUUUGGAUGAUACUCUAUAAUCAUUAAGGAGUUAAGUAAAUGCUCAACAGAUCUGAGGUUGUCAAUGAGUUGUAACUUCUUAGAUAAGAGUAUUAAAGAUCAGCUGAUAUUUCAGUUUACAGUAACUACAUAAAAGCAGAAGAAACAGAUGAUAAGAUUAUAAAGAGCAUUGAUAAUAAGAAAAUUAGCUCUCAUGAAACUAAAAGAAUGAAUACUUUUACACUAACAGCCUUAAAUGGAAUCUUAAAGCUUCUUACUCAAAACUGA